AUGGCGCCCUCAGAGCCGCAGCAGCAGCAGCAGCCCGUCGUGCAGCUCGCCGGCCUGCAGACCGAGACGAGGAACCCCCGGACCACGGCCAUCGACACCGUCUCGACGCUCGAGCUAUGCCGCAUCCUCCAGCGCGAGGACGCGCGCGUGCCCUCGGCCGUCGAGCCCUGCGUGCCCGCCAUCGCUGAGGCCAUCGACCUGCUGACGGAGCGCGUGCGCCGCGGCGGAAGGGUGUUUUACAUUGGCGCCGGCACCAGCGGGAGACUGGGGGUCCUGGACGCGUCGGAAAUCCCGCCCACAUACUCGGCACCACCCGACAAGUUCAUCGCCCUCAUCGCGGGCGGCGACUACGCGCUCCGCAACGCCAAGGAGGGCGCCGAGGACAGCCGAUCCGGUGCCGAGGAGGACCUGCGGCCCUACGGCUUCGACCCGGACGUCGACUCGCUCAUCGGCAUCGCCUCGUCCGGCCGCACGCCCUACGUCCUCGGCGGGCUCGAGCAUGUGCGCCGCAUCGGCGGCGCCACCGUCGCCGUCGUCUGCGUCCAGCCGUCGGCCGUCCAGGACGAGGGCAACGCCGACCAUGUCAUCGCCGCCGUCACCGGGCCCGAGUCCGUCACGGGCAGCACCCGCAUGAAGGCCGGCACGGCCACCAAGCUGGUCCUCAACAUGAUAAGCACCGGCAUCAUGAUCAAGCUGGGCAAGACCUACGGCAACUUGAUGAUCGAUCUGAAAGCCACCAACAUCAAGCUAAGGCAGCGCGCCAAGAAUAUCCUCCGGCUCAUUGGCGGCGCCGCGUGCACGCAGACGGACGACGAGCUCGACGCCGUGCUGGCGGCGUGCCGCGGCAGCGUCAAGCUCGCGGCCGUCACCAUCGUCCUGGGCGUGUCCGUCGCGGACGCCGAGGCGCGCCUGGAGCGCAACAAGGGCGUGCUCGCGCGCGUGUUUGAGGAGGCGCAGCAGCAGGCCGUCAAGGAGGAGCACCACGACGACGGGCUCGUUCUGUGCGUGGACGCCGGCGGCUCCAGCUGCCGGGCCGUCAUCAUGACACCGGACGGGGCUUCGGCGUGCGGCUCCGCAGGCCCGUGCAACGUCUCGACCAUUGGCGUCGAUGCAGCCAUGGCCGUCAUGUCCACGGCCAUACAAGAGGCAGCGGACAACUGCGAGGCCACGCGCGGGCGGCAGUUCCAGGCCGUCAAGUUCUCCGCCGCAUGGGUCGGCAUGGCGGGCUACGAGCGGCCGGCGCUGUCGCCGCUCAUCGACGCGGCGCUGGCGGACCUGCUCAAGCUGCGCGUCGGCCAGGGCCUGCGGGUCACGGCCGACAUCGACCUGCUGCCCACGACCGUCGCCGAGGACCAGAGCCUCGACGCGGCGGUCGUGCUCGUCGCCGGCACGGGCUCCGUGGCCAUGAGCUACGCGCGGGCCAAGGACGGCGGCUUCGCCCGGUCCGCGCGCGCCGGCGGGUGGGGGUACCUGCUCGGCGACGACGGCGGCGGCUACGGCCUCGGACGGGAGGCCCUCCGGCGGGCGCUGCGCCAGGCGGACCUGCACCGCAUGCGCAGCGAGAGCGGCGCCGCGACCCCCAACGACGCAGCACUCUCACCGCUCGCCGGCGCCGUGCUGGAGCACUUCAAGAAGCAGCACCCGGCAUGCCGGCCGCAGGACCUGCUCAGCACGGUGCUGAUGCCCGACCAGCCGACGAGCGACGCGGGCGCCGCGCAGGGCGCAACGAAGCGCAUCGCAUCGGUGGCGCGGGUGGUGCUCGACGCGGUGCGCACGCCGGACGGCGGCGACGCCGAGGCGCGGGCCAUCGUCGAGGCCGGCACGGCGAGCCUGGCGGAGCUGGUGGCGGCGCUGGCGGAGACGCAGGCGCUGGACACGCGGCGGUGCGGGCUGGUGCUGGCGGGCGGGCUGAUGCAGGACGACGAGUACAGGGGCCGGCUGGUGGACGCGCUGGCCAACAGGUGGCAGUUUGCGCGCGUCGAGACGGUGCGGCAGCCGGCCGUCGACGGGGCGCGGUGCCUGCAGCGGGAGCUGCGGCGGGCGCUCAACUAA